AUUAAAAACAGCUGGCUCAGUUCAUUCACAUUCAGUCUUAAGGCAAACUCUACAGUAACAACAUUGCCAACAAGUGUUUUUUCCUAUCAGUGACUCGCGAAUUUGGCCCUGUAGAAUCCCACCAAGACAAGAAAGUAACCAAAACCAGUGAGCACCUCGGUACCCUUCGACAAGUUAAUCUACCAACGGCUGGAUCCGCCGCCUCAGCAACAGCAUCUGGGCAGCGUUGGACACCUGAUCAGAAUGCUACGCUUCUGUGGGAUAUUCUUCGGGAUACUUCUGGUGCUGGUGGUGCUCAGUGGCAUCGAAACCAGGAGCCAGUAUCGGGUCGAUGAGGAGUUUGAUGCAUUUUUACCUGACGGCGCAGGUAACGAGGUAACCGGUAACGAGUUGACCGAAAGCAGCCCACCACCUUAUACGGAGUACGCCAAAAUGGCACGGUACCUGGUGCACAAAGCAGAAUGGGUCUCGAUGGGAUCUCUGUCCACCGUGGAAGCCAUCAAGGGCUACCCAAUGGUGAACAUCAUUGCCGCCGCGGACAGUGCACGUGAUGCCCCAUCGACCGGCACGCUCUACUUUUAUCUCACCAUGCUGGACUACACGGCUCAAGAUCUGAAGAAGGACAACCGCCUGACGGUACUGCUCUCGAUGGAUCAGGAUCUGGAAUGCAGCAAGAAAGGUAUCGACCCAAUGGAACCGACCUGCGCUCGCAUUAUGAUCUCGGGACGAGCCGUCCGGCUUGAGGAAGGAACUGACGAAUUUACGUUCGGCAAGAAUGCCAUGUUCAGCAGACACCCCGCUGCAAAGCAUUGGCUGGAUGAACACAACUUCUUCCUGUGCAAGCUGGACAUCGUGCAGAUAGCCGUGCUGGACUAUUACGGAGGACCACACUACGUCACGGUGGAGGAAUACAUGAACGCCAAUCCCGAUACGCGUUCUGCAAAAUCCCAACUGGCCCAACGGGAUGCUUUCGAUGCGCCACAGGUUAUUUCCAACUCGGACAGUGACAGAACCAUCACGAUUAAAAUCAAGAAAGACUCCCCCGUGCGACACAUCAACCUGGAGGUGUAACUGAGGCAAUAGUAAUACAUAUGCUCAGCAAUGAGAUAAGACUGUUUAGGAUGGUUUCAAUUUGUGAUUUUUCGGUGCCAAAUAGGAAAUUGAGCCGUUAGCAAUGGAAUUGAUUCGGAAAUAAAAUGUGAAGAUUGUGAUACAAAUAAAAAAAA